AUGAAACUGAAGCAAGGAUCGUUUCUGUGGUACCUCUAUCUGGAUAAACUGUAUUGCUUAUUAUCCGUGAGAAAUGUGAAGGCCUUGGUGGAGUAUUUUCACCUUCUCGAUGUGCACCGCAAGAAAACCUUGAAUGAUGUGCUGUUCUACCACUUCCUUCAUCACGUGACUGACUUGAAACGGAAUCAGAUCACAAUUGUGUUUAACAUGCUGGACUGGAAUGCUGUGGGCGAGAUUGGUUUUGACCAGUUCUACAUGCUGGUUUGCAUACUACUGGCACAGGAAAACCAUUUGGAAGAACAAUUUAUUUUCCGCCAUUCCCGGCCUGUUUUUGAGCUGCUUGACCUGGACAGGGAGCUGAAAAUUGGCCCAGCCAACCUCCACAUGUACAACUUUCUCUUCAAUAUUAAAAAACAGCAACUCAGGGACCUCUACCACGACUUUGACAUCACAGGUGACCGUCAUCUUAAUUACAAGGAAUUUAAGCUGUUUACCAUCUUCUCCCUGGACAAAUACCAGGAGAGUCAGAAAGCAGUGAAAGAGAAGGAGAAAGAGAAAGCUCUGCUCAAAAAGAAAGUGUCACAAGUUCAUGUGAGCCAAAGACAGAGUCUUCUUGGAACAAAUGAAUUUGAAAGUGUAAGUAACUACAACUGUUAACAUGUCUAAAAAUAAAUUUAGAACA